UGGAAAUGAGAGAAGCCAUUAACAGACACGGAUUCUUUGAAUAUCGUAGGAAGCUCUCCCUGUUCCUUUCAAUCUUUCUUCGCCAAUUCCUUCUUCUUCUUUGACACUUCUUCCUUUUAAUUUUUCCUUCAAUUUCAAUCCCUUUUCUUAUUUUCAUUUCAUCGUCUUCUAUAAAAUCUGUAUAUAUAUUCUUUUUAACAUCAUUUAGAUUUUUCUUCUCUCUUCUGGUGCCGAUUCCACUUCUUUUCAAGGGACAAAAGUUUCGUGUCUCUCUGAAACUUGAUUUUUAUUUGAUUUUAGAGCUGGGUUUUUUCAUUUACUGAUCUGGGUUUAUUGGUUUGGUUUGUGGGUCAUUGAGGAAAUUUGUUGGUUACUGUUUGUUUAUUUCAUCUCUUCUUGUAUAAAAUUGUUCGAUUCUUGCUGUUUCUGUUUAGUUUGAUACCGAAUUUGUAGACGGUACAGUUUCCCGGGGAAUUUCAGAGCUGUUUGUUUUUUGAUCGAGUGAAGUUGUUGGUUUUUUUUUUUUCCUCCGUGGGUUGGGUAUUGGGUUAGCGAGGGAAUUAGUUGGAUCGGAGGGUGAUUUGAUUGUAGUGGUAUUGGUUUUCUAUUUGAAGAACUUAACUAUUGGAGUGCGACUGCGAUCUGAGUUGGAGAGGGAAGUAAUUUGCUGUGCCCUAGAAGAUGGGAGUUCCGACGAUUGCUUUGUACGCUGGUCCACCGAGCAGUAUUUGCUCUACACAUCCCUGUCAAAUCAAUGCUCAUUCGUCCUUGGAUUUCGAAAUUGGUUCUCGACCUUCAUCAGCGUCGUCAACAGCGUCGGCUUCUCAGAAGUCGGUGGCUGGUGGACUUUCAUGUCUCUUCUCUGCUUCACCUGUACGUCAUGUCUCGUCGACGACGAGCUUUUCCGGUUGUGGAGAGGAAUUGGGAUCGUUGUGGCAUGAUAGAGGGGAGGAAUUGAGUAGCUCAUUUCGAUAUUCUUCGAGCAAAUAUUUAGGGUCUUCAUUGGCAAGGGAUUCUAGCCCGGUAUCAGUGUUCCAGGGACCGGUUUCGUGCUGUAGUAGCGGAGUGGGUUCGACAGCAAAAAGCCCUCCGAUUUCGAUUUCUAGAGAGAAGAGUGGGGAAUCUAAUUUUCAGAGCUCGAUUGGAGUUGGGUCGAAUGGAUUCUUCAAUGGGUUCUUGAGGAAUGCUUCAGGAUCAUAUUUGGAUGUUCAUAGAAAUGCUCUUGAUGUGAGUUCAUCGGCUGUGCUCAUGGAUGAGUUGACUUUCAAUUUGGAAGAUGGGUUUGGGGAGUGUACCUCUGAGCCAUAUGCAAAGGAUAUGCUUCUUGGUGCACAAAUUAGGCAUAAGAUCUUUCUUGAUGAAUUCGUGAUCAAGGCAUUUUACGAAGCUGAAAAGGCACAUAGAGGACAAAUGCGAGCCAGUGGAGAUCCAUAUUUACAACAUUGUGUGGAAACAGCGAUGCUUCUGGCUACGAUUGGUGCAAAUUCCACAGUGGUCGCUGCGGGGCUUCUGCACGAUGCACUUGAUGAUUCUUUCAUGUGUUAUGACUACAUUUUAGGGUCAGUUGGAGCUGGGGUUGCUGAUUUAGUUGAAGAGGUGUCUCAACUUAGUCAUUUGAGCAAGCUUGCACGUGAGAACAAUACAGCCAACAAAACCGUUGAGGCAGAUCGAUUGCAUACCAUGUUCCUUGCCAUGGCAGACACCAGGGCCGUUCUUGUGAAAUUGGCCGAUCGUCUGCAUAAUAUGAUGACACUAGAUGCAUUGCCAUUGACCAAACGACUAAGAUUUGCCAAGGAAACUAUGGAAAUUUUUGUACCAUUGGCGAAUCGCUUGGGAAUAUUGAGUUGGAAGGAGCAGUUGGAAAACUUAUGCUUUAAGCAUCUUCAUCCCGAAGAACACAAAGAACUUUCAUCUAAACUCGUGGACUCCUUUGAUUCAGAAAGGAUAACUUCUGCAAUCGAGAAAUUAGAUCAAGCCUUGAAAAAUGAAGGGAUUUCUUACCAUCUCUUAUCUGGACGCAACAAGAGCUUAUACAGCAUAUACUUGAAAAUGCUGAGAAAGAAGUUGACCAUGGACGAAAUCCAUGACAUUCAUGGCAUACGUCUUAUUGUAAAAAAUGAAGAAGACUGCCAGAAAGCUUUAAGAAUAGUUCACCAGUUGUGGUCUGAAGUGCCUGGGCGGUGCAAAGAUUACAUUAGUCGACCCAAGUUUAAUGGGUAUCGAUCUCUACACACGGUUGUGGUGGGUGAAGACAUGGCGCACCUUGAAGUGCAAAUUAGAACAAAAGAGAUGCAUUUGCAAGCAGAGUUUGGCAUUGCAGCUCAUUGGAGAUACAAGGAGGGUGACAGCGAAUACUCUCCGUUUGUCGUUCAGAUGGUCGAAUGGGCCCGUUGGGUAGUCACUUGGCAGUGUCUGUCUAUGAGCAAAGAUGGAUCGUCAGUAGACUCUGCUGAUUCAAUAAGACCGCCCUGCAAAUUCCCUUCUCAUUCUGAGGGCUGUCCAUACUCGUACAAAACCCAAUGUGAUGGACAAGAUGGACCUGUAUUCGUCAUAACGAUUGAGAAUGACAAGAUGUCGGUUCAAGAGUUUCCUGCAAACUCAACGAUCACGAAUUUAAUGGAAAGAUGUGGUCGAGGAAGCGCAAGAUGGACCUCCCAUGGCUUCCCCAUGAAAGAAGACUUGAGGCCAAGAGUUAACCACAAGCGAGUGAAUGAUCCAACGUGCAAACUGAAGAUGGGUGAUGUGGUGGAGCUAACUCCCACCAUACCUGACAAGUCAUUAACAGAGUACAGGGAAGAAAUCCAGCGAAUGUACGACCGUGGGAUCACGGUAUCAAACUCCGGACCGUCUCCUGUUGCACCUAACAUUGUUGGUUUCUGGAGCUAACCAUACAUUAGUUUCUCUGUGGUUUAGUGAUUAUCAAAUUAUUCUGUACAUAAUGGUCUUUGUACACCAAAAAAAAAAAAAAAAAAAGAGAAAAA